CAGAUUUCUCCCCCAGAGUCUUCUCUCCCCUGGCAAUUGUUCGGUGCUUAUAGAACCGUGGGGGGUGAGGAGGGCUUUGUGAAUCCUAACUCUGAGCCUCUUGGAGUCUUCAUGCUUCCUUAGGUUCCCAAGUCCUCCCACUCCCUUCCAGGAGGGAAUGUUGUUUCAAUUGAGAGGAAAUGGCUACCCACUAGGUUUCAGAAUUCUCUUCCCUGUCUGCUUUUCUCCUCCUGUAACUUUAUGAGGGCUUGGCCCUGGGAAUUCACACUGGCCAGUAAGGAUACAGGCAAACAAACACAGCAUGGUGGAAUUUCAAUCCAGGAAAUUCUAAAGGCCUAGCUCAGUGCUUCCUAAACACUUGGGGGAUGAAUAAUGACUAGGGAAUACAUGAGAUGCUGUGGUCUAGGCAGAAGAGGUUUGACAAUCCUUGGGGGUUGUGUGGGUGUAAGAUUUAGAGGCAGGCUUAGAACUGAACAAUUCACCACAUGAACUGUGGAUGGCAUUCAAGACAGAGGGAACAGCAGUGCCAAAGCAUGAAGGCAUGGGUUAGCAGGCUGAGUUUUAGAACCAGCAAAUCAUUUGAAAUGAUCUCUUGAAGGGUGCUUCAAGGAGCAGUUAUGUCUGUCCUAUACCCAUCUCUGGAGGACCUGAAGGUGAGCCAAGUCAUCCAGGCCCAGGCCAGAGCCUCACCCAGGAUGCUCACUCCGUCAGCCCCGAUGGCUUCUGCACCCCCACUUUCAGAGUUGUACCCAAACUUGGCGGAACUGGAGAGUUAUAUGGGACUGUCCCUCUCUAGCCAAGAAGUCCAGAAGAGCCUGCCUCAGAUUCCAGAUGGUGACAAUACGAUGGUCACGAGCCCUGGGGCUGGCCAGGUGACAGCACCAGUCUCUGGGAACAACCUGGGUGUGCUGCGUGCAGAGAUCAAGCCGGGGAUGCGUGAGAUCCACCUGUGCAAGGACGAGCGUGGCAAGACUGGACUGCGCCUGCAGGCUGUUGACAAGGGGCUCUUUGUGCAGCUGGUCCAGGCCAACACCCCUGCGUCCCUCGUGGGGCUGCGCUUUGGGGACCAGAUCCUGCAGAUCGACGGGUGUGACUGUGCUGGGUGGAGCACAUCCAAAGCUCACAAAGCACUGAAGAAGGCGUCCGCGGAGAAGAUUGUCAUGAUUGUUCGGGACAGGCCGUUCCAGCGGACCGUCACCAUGCACAAGGACAGCUCAGGCCAGGUUGGAUUUUUCAUCAAGAAGGGGAAGAUUGUAUCCGUGGUAAAGGGAAGCUCCGCAGCCCGCAAUGGACUUCUCACCAACCACUACGUGUGUGAGGUGAACGGGCAGAACGUCAUCGGGCUAAAGGACAAAAAGAUUACGGAGAUUCUGACCUCAGCCGGCAGCGUCGUCACACUGACCAUCAUUCCCACUGUGAUCUACGAGCAUAUGGUCAAAAAGUUGUCCCCACUGCUGCUUCACCACACCAUGGACCACUCCAUUCCGGACAUCUGAAGUCACGGGCAGCCCGGGCCUCCCGCCACCCUGCAGUGGACAGCGGUCCUCAGAUGACAGGCUGCAGCUGGCUUGCUGCCUGGGUCUGGGCAUUGCAGGGGCCAUGCCCCAGGGGGACGCCUAUUGGAUGGGUCAGUCUGCCAUUGCUGUUUCCAGGCCUCCCUGGAUCCCGACUCCUCGCUGUGCUGAGGUACAGGAGGGACCGAGGCACUUGGUGCUCUGUACCCUAGCUGCUGGGCACUUGGGCAGAACGGCAGAAUGUCACUGAAGGCAGCUGGGUCCCUUUGCAGACUUCUGCCUCUUCUAGAAAGCCAGCCAUCUGACUCGACAGAGGAAUUCCUCGUUGUGUUCUUUGCCUUCGCUGGUAUUUGUCACAGAUUGUAUAUAGAUCACUUGUGUAACCCUUCACUGUCUUUUGAAUAAAGAGCAGAUCUUAAACAAAAAAAA